AUGUAUGGGUUUGGAGAGACAGUGUUCGUAGGCUGCCGGGCCAGCGGAUGUGCUGCUCCAGGGAGGAACCUUGCACUCUACAGGAACGGACUGAACCUCGGCUCCUAUGAGAAAUGGAUGAUUAUCAACCGCUUUGACCAGCAGCAUACGGGAGCUUAUUCCUGCCGACCAAUCCCACCACAGAACGUACUCUCACCACCCCUGUCUGUGAGUCUGGGACAUGCUCCUCGCUUCACUUCCAUCGCUGUCUACCCUGUGGGAGAGGCGUCGGAGGGGGGGUCUGUAACUCUGACCUGCAGCAGCGAUGCAGCUCCACCUGUCGAGAGCUAUGCAUGGUUCAAAGACAUGGAGAGCGGCAGCAUCCCAGACAGCUUCAGCCCUCAGCUCCACUUGACCUACCUCAAGUGCACAGACAGAGGGGAGUAUUACUGUGUCGCACGCAACUCACUGGGAACACAUCGCUCCAGAUCCAUUCUGCUCAAUGUCACAUACUCACCAAAGGAGACACGUGUGUGGAUGAGACCUCAGAGAGACAUCAGGGAAGGCGUUCCCGUGAACCUGAGCUGCAUCAGCCACUCCUACCCUCCUCCCAGCAGGUAUGCUUGGUUUCGUAUCCUAGGUGACCAGGUGACGGCUGAAGGUCAUGUUCAGAGUCUGAGUAUCGCAUCCGUGCGCGCUCAGCACGCCGGUCAGUACUACUGCAUAGCAUCCAACCGAUUAGGAUCCCAGACCUCCCCCGUCGCUACGCUCGCAGUCCUCUAUCCUCCGAAGAACACGUCCAUUCUGGCCCGUCCCUCCAGCGUGGUGGAUGCGGGCCGACCCCUGACGCUGACCUGCAGCAGUCAGGCCAACCCAGCGGUGGACAACUUCACCUGGCACCGUUUAGCUCUGGAUGGGGGCUCUGUACAAUCGUGGGGAACCAAGUCUGGUCCUGUCUUUACCUUCUCAGAGGUUGGCCCCGGUGAGAGCGGCCAGUAUUAUUGCGAGGCCAGGAAUCGAAUCGGAGCCCACAACUCUCCGGUUCUCACCGUCAGAGUCAGAGGCCGUCUGAAAGUCAUCGCCCUGGCCUCAGCAGUGGGCGUGUCUGCCGGACUCAUCACUCUCACCGUGGCAAUUAUGAUCAGUAAGAACAUGCACAGGGUUGACAUGGAGUCAGGAGAAGAUGCAAGCAAGGGCCGAUCAGUGACAGCUGACACCAUGCCCUAUGAGUCAGCCGAACAAACCUUCUCCGUUAGGAAGGGCAAGAUGUCCGACAUACCGGUGAGAAUCAGCUCAGUGGAACCACGGGUUUAUGUAACCAGUGAAAAAACGCAAUGCAAUUUUUGA